AUGGCGUUUUCAGCCCUGAAGCCCAUCCCAGAGCAUGAAGCUAUCAUUUUGAUCGCCGAGUCGGACGCCAUGACUCUGAACCUUGCUAAACUGAAACUGAACCAAUUAUUCUUCUUGUCCUCGGUAUGGAGAUGUUCUCAUCCGGACUGUACCGCAUACCCUUACUCGAAAGGCGCGAUCUUCUGUCGUCUAGUGCAGAGGCCACUGUGGAUACUGAUCCUCAUUCUCGGUGUUCUCAAUCUCCUUACAGUCGCAUGGCAAUGUCUCCUCUACUUACUCGUGAACGAUAUCGAAUUAUUUGUUUUCCCCGGUGAACGUCCCUCCAUGUUCUCUAACUGGUCAACCCACUUCGUGACACCCGUCCGCUGCCACUCUCAUAACGACUACUGGCGCCGUAUUCCACUACAAUCGGCACUGGCCGCAGGAUGUAUCAGUGUGGAGGCUGAUGUCUGGUCAUGGGGUGAUGAGCUUCUUGUUGGUCAUUCCCGCUACACGGUGUUGCCAGGAACAUUGCACAGUCUCUACCUUGAUCCAUUGUUGAAGAUACUCGACGACCACAAUGCACCUUCGCGGACGUGGCCUAGAGUCAAAACCCAUGGGAUAGCUGGAGUCUUUGCCAACGACCCGAUGCAGACUCUGACGCUGUUAGUCGAUUUCAAAACUGACGGGGAUCAAAUUUGGCCUCUUCUUACUGAACGGUUGCAAUCAUUUCGGGACAAGGGCUAUCUCACUUACUUCAAUGGCACUGAUAUCAUCUAUCGCCCCGUUACGGUCGUUGCUAAUGGAGACGCACCUUUUAAUCUGAUUACAAAGAGCUCGACCUAUCGUGAUAUCUUCUACGAUGCACCUUUGGACAACUUGACGCUUCCUGCUUCUCCCAUGGGCCCCACAUACAACCCAUCCAACAGUUACUAUGCAUCGGCAGACUUCCGCAAGUCAAUCGGGACUCUCCCUCUCAGUCGCCUGUCGGAUGAUCAACUAUCUACCCUUCGAAGACAGGUGCGUGCAGCCCACGACCUCGGUCUGAAGGUGCGAUACUGGGGUAACCCCACAUGGCCAGUGGGGCUGCGAAAUUAUGUUUGGAAUAUGCUUGUGCAAGAAGGCGUGGAUGUGAUCAAUACGGAUGAUCUGCGGGGUACAGCGAGACAAGAUUGGACAUCUCACCACUGGUGGAAGUGGUAG